AUGGAAGGCUCUAACGAAGAUGAUUCAACUGUGGUUCUGGACAGAGCCUCUCGAGCAACAAGAGGAAAACGGAUGACCAAGUUGCUUGAUGAGGAACUUGAAGAGGACGAUUUGUUCUGGAACCAGGAUGCUCUUAAAGAUGAUGAGAAUGAUGAUAACUAUCAAGAAGAGGGGGAGGUUGCUGAUGAGUUUGAUAGCGACUUUGAUGAAGAUGAGCCCGAGCCAGAUGAAGAAGCUGAAAAAGAAGUAGAAGAAAGGCCGCGGAACAAGAAGCGGCUUAUAUUUCCUGGAAAGACUUUACCAAAGAAGAAAAAGAAAAAGAAAGACCUUUCAAAAGUAGAUACCCCUUCUAAGAAUGAAAAAUCAACUCAACAGCCUGCUACUCCUGACCGUCAAGAUGUUCCUGAUGAUGUGGAAGGGGAGAGAAUAGUGAGAAAAUCUACAAGAACCUCAGUCAUUGUUAGGCAAGCUGAAAGAGAUGCAAUACGUGCAGCUUUGCAGGCAACAAUGAAGCCAAUAAAAAGAAAAAAAGAAGGCGAGGAGAAAAGGAUGACACAAGAAGAAAUGCUUCUUGAAGCAGCGCAAACAGAAAUCGUGAAUUUAAGGAACUUAGAGCGUGUUUUAGCGAGGGAGGAAGAAGUUAAGAAGAGAGCAAUUGUGCACAAAGCUGUGUUGCUCCUAUCUAGAAUUCAGAGGAUUGUCAUUUCAGUCACAACUUUCAACAACAUCCGUUCCAUUGUAUAUGAUCAGAGCUCUGCUGUGAUCACAGCGGCCACAGUGAAAAUUUGCAAUUCCCUUGAUAUGAUGUGCAUAAAGCUUAAUCAAUCCCAGGAGUUGAUUAGUUAUACCGCUGAAUAUCCAGAGAAGGCUGUAUGUGCUGUAACAGGAUUGCCUGCCAAGUAUCGUGAUCCAAAGACAGGGCUACCUUAUGCAACAAAAGAAGCUUUCAAAAUUAUUCGUGAGCGUUUUGAGGAUGAAAAUGACAAUAUCAAGAAAAUGGCCAUGGGCGAUCUAUUUGAUUCACUAGUUGGGACUGGAUUUCAUGGCAAGAGGAAGCGAUUCCCAAUUCCAAAUAGACGAAAAACGUCACAUUUUCCCCAUUUUGCUAAUUUUGGCAGGAUUCCUAUUGUAGAUAUUGAAUCUUCAGAAUAG